AUGGAGAGGAUUGAUGUUAACGUCUGUUGUUGUAUCUCUCACAGGAAAGCAAAUGAAGGCCUGUUGGCGCUCAGUCAGGAGGACACCAUGCCUAUCUCCAUACGGCAGCUAGCUUAUGUAUCAGGUCUGGGCUUUGGCUUCAUGAGUGGAGCGUUCUCUGUGGUCAACAUACUCUCAGAUUCCUUGGGUCCGGGAACUGUCGGUAUCCAUGGCGACCCUCAACAUUACUUCAUAUCCUCAGCUUUCAUGACACUGGCCAUUAUCUUGCUGCAUAUGUUCUGGGGGGUUGUUUUCUUCGAGUCGUGUGAGCGACAGAGAUGGUGGGCUCUUGGAGCUGUGGUCAUCAGUCAUCUAGUAGUAUCAUGUGUAACAUUUGUGAACCCACACUAUCAAGGCAGUCUGAUCCCGACCUACAUCAUUCUGUCUAUCAUGGCGGCCUGGGCGUACUUGUGUGCUGGAGGAUCUUUGAGGAACCUCAAACUCUGCCUCACCUGUAAAGAUAAAGACUUCUUGCUGGCCAAUCACAGGCCAAGAUAACCCAUCAGCUACAAACAGGACUUUCUCCAAAGUCUGGCUCAUUGAGCCAGUAGGCCGAUGACACGGCCAGCAGCCCUGGACUCUGGGAGGCUUAUGGUCUGUGUAGUCUGCAUAAGAAUGGUUGCUGAGUAACAGGAAUUUUAUGUCUGCAGAUCUUGCACUUUCUGUAAUUACCUCCUCUUCUGUUUUCUGUUCUGUACCUCAUGUUCUGUGUGUGAAAGAGACACUGAAACCAUGUCAAAGUGAGAGAGUGUGUGUGUUUUAUACUAAAGAAUUGUCUAGAGCUGCUUUCAUAUGUGAUUUUCUCCUUUGUAGCAGGUUUUAAAAAAGGUCUUGUAUAGGUUUGGCCUUAAAUAGUUUACUCUCCCCCUUGUCAGGCAUUGUCCCGCUGUAUUUUGUUUAGGCUCAAAUGAUCUGCCACUAUCCUGACAUCAGCGAUCAAACCCUGGAGCGUAACGUUGUGUUUUCCUUUUAAUUCAUCUGUCUGUAAGCUUGUCUUUUAAAAGACCCUCCUCAACUCUCGCUAGGGCAGCGGUUUAAUUUUCCCAGUGGAACGUGUUUGAACUGCUUGGGCUUGAAUGAUAAAUGUAGUGGCCACUCUUCAAUAAAACCACUACUCUCUGAAUCUAUGCUAUAAGAAACUAUGAAUGAUUUUAAACAUGUAGGUGACCACUGACCCUAGUGGUAUCUGUUUUAGAUGUCACUUUUAUUGUACUCAUAUGCUUUGUUUCCUUUGGCUGUAAGGUGUAUGAAAUUUUGAUUCACAAUAAAGUAGCUUGAGCUCGAA